CGUGCCUGUGUAAUGAAGCACAUGCGCACUGAAUUAAUCACAGCCAUUUUUUGCAGGAAACUAAUUAGCAGGAAUAAAGAUCCAAAGAGUUUUUUUCUUUUCAAUCAUCAGAUCUCACUUUCACCUCUUCCUCGCUCCCUCCAACACAAGACUCAUCGCCUGCUUUGCAUCCAAAUUAUUUUUAUAUUGCCUUUACAACUAAUACUUGGUUUUUUACACUCCGCAACAACAAUGAUCUUUCUUUUGCCAUCCUAAACGCAACUGACCAAAAGGGACUGCCUUGAUGGGAUCUUUAGCCAAAUCGUCUCUAUACUGGAUUAAAAAGCGAGGAUCACAAAGCGGCAGCAAGAAAUUGCCUGGAUGCGAUGAGCGCCUCAUGUAGGCAUCAGCAUGGACAGCUGUGAGUCUCCCGUGCUUUCUGGGACAGAUGAUGGGCUCGGCUCCUCCGCCACCUCCCAGCAACAGCAGCAGCAGCAGCAGCAGCACCCUCCGCAGCCCUGGAACGAUCACUCUAACUCCCAGGUCCCUCCCAGCAGCCAGCCCCCUUCCCUGGACCCCCUGUCUCUUUCUGCACCCUACCCCUGUCAGACCCAGAGCCCCAGCACGCCCCGCGAGGGGGUGAGGGAGCCACAGCAGCAGCAGCAGCAGCCCACCCGGAGCCCGCCCCUGGCCCGCAGCGACAGCCCCGCCGCCGGCCAGCUGCACCCCAGACGCCUGGAGCUCGGCGACGAGCAGGAGGGAGGGAGUUGCGGCGAGGAGGAAGAAGAAUUGGAGGACUUGGACGAGAUGGAGAUCGACAGUUGUUUCCCGAGUCUUCAGCCCUUCCCCGGAGUUCCCAUAGCUCCAGGAGGAGGAGGAGGAGGAAUGCCCACCCUCCUGCGCCAGCAGCCCGCCAGGAGGAGGGGCGCGGCGGAGAGCGGCAGCGAGGACGGCGAGGAGGAGGAGGAGGAGGAGGAGGAGAGCAGCGACGUGGAGAACCUGGCCGGAGAGAUCGUCUACCAGCCGGACGGCUCCGCCUACAUCGUGGAGAGCCUCAGCCAGCUGAUCCAAAGCGGAGGGGGGGCGGCGUCCGGCCUGCUCCCCACAAACUCUCUCCCCAGCGCGGGGAAGCCGGGAGAGCCCUGCGGGGCGUCCUCCUCCGUCUACCCCCAGAUCAUCAACACGUUCCACAUAGCCUCCUCCUUCGGGAAGUGGUUUGGCUCUCCAGACCAAGGUUUCCCCAAUACCUCAGCCCUGGCAGGCCUCAGCCCUGUCCUGCACACUUACCGCGUCUUCGAUGUGCGGCACAAAAGCAACAAGGAUUACCUGAACAGCGACGGGUCUGCCAAGAAGUCCUGCGUAUCCAAAGAUGUUCCCAACAACGUGGAUUUCUCCAAAUUCGACGGGCUGGCCCUCUACGGUAAGGGCAAGCCCAUCCUCAUGUGUUUUCUCUGCAAGCUGUCCUUCGGCUACGCGCGGUCCUUCGCCACCCACGCCGUCCACGACCACCGCAUGACCCUGUGUGAGGACGAGCGGAGGCUGCUGGGGGACAAGCAGGCGUCGGCCAUCAUCCAGGGCAUCGGCAAGGACAAAGAGCCCCUCAUCAGCUUCCUGGAACCAAAAAACAAGAGCUCCCCUGCUCCGCCCGGCCUGCCGCCCAUGAACUCUGGACAGAGCUUCUACGGCACGUUCAGCGGAGUCCACCUGGAGGCGGGCUGCAGCUCCGGAGGCGGAGACGCCCUCCCGACCAAGGACCCUGAGCCCGCCCUCAAGCAUCAGUCUGCCCCGCUCGGCUCCCUCCUCUCUCUGGGGGGGCUGGGCGGUCCCAAAGCCCCCGCUCUGACCUCGACCCCAGGCCCUGCCAAAGACUCCAGCGCCCUGCCCAAGCAGGGAGGGAGAACCGAGGGGCCUGCCGGGAAAGAGGGGACAAGUAGGGGGGAGGACAGGGACAGGGAGGGGCCCGUCGGCAAGGUGCGCCUGGGGAGUCAGGAGGUGGGCUCGGAGGAGGAGGAGGAACUGUUAUUAGAGGAGGAGGAGGAAGGCUCGGCGGUGGCCUGUGGUGGUAACAGUAGCAGCGGCGGCGGAGAGGUGGGGGAAGCGGCUGUCUCAAACCAAAGCAUUUCCAAAUCUCCUUUAUUAAUGCCUAGUAGCGCUCUCCAGCCUUCUGCCUGCGCCUCCGCAGCCAGCCCCACGCUCAACAGCAAACCCCCGGCCUCCACCUGUUCUUCCUCUGCUAGGGAGGAGGGCUCCUCGGCCGGCGGCGGCGGGGCCCGGAGCUCCGAGCUCCCUCUGAGCUUUAACUGCCAGGGACCCAGCGUCCCCGUGGCCACGGCGGCAGCCGCCGGCAGAGGGAGCGAGGACGCGGGCCCCUCCUCCUCGCCUCGGGCCUCCGGCGCCGCCGCUGACGAAAGUGCCAAUCGAGAUAGUGCCACAGCUCCAGAACCAAAUGAUAGCCCGGCAGAGGGAGAGGACGACAGCGGAGCCCUUCUGCAUCAUCACCACCUGCACCACCAUCACCACCACCUCCUUCCCUCGCCCCUCUCCCACCCCCUGGCCGGGGGGGCCUGCGACAUGGCGGGGAUGGGCGAGUGCUCCCAGAACCAUGGGCCCGGGGGCAGCGGAGGGAGCGGCGUGGAGUGCCCCAAAUGCGACACCGUCCUGGGCUCCUCGCGGUCCCUGGGCGGUCACAUGACCAUGAUGCACUCGCGGAACUCGUGCAAGACGCUCAAGUGUCCCAAGUGCAACUGGCACUACAAGUACCAGCAGACCCUGGAGGCGCACAUGAAGGAGAAGCACCCGGACUCCGGGGGUUCCUGUGUGUACUGCAGCAGCGGGCAGAGCCACCCUCGCCUGGCCAGGGGAGAGAGCUACACCUGCGGGUACAAGCCCUUCCGCUGUGAGGUGUGCAACUACUCGACCACCACCAAGGGCAACCUGAGCAUCCACAUGCAGUCGGACAAGCACCUGAACAACAUGCAGACCCUGCAGAACGGCGGCACCAUCCCCUCCGGCGAGCCGGUGUUCGGCCACGCGCCCGGGGGAGUGGUGGCGGUGCCGUCGGUGACCCAGGCCUCCGUCCACCACCCCCCCCACCACCACCACCACACCACGCAGGCCUCGCCGCACAUGGCGGGCCCGUGCGGCGCGCCGUCGCCCACCAAGCCCAAGAGCAAGCCCACGUGGCGCUGCGAGGUGUGCGACUACGAGACCAACGUGGCGCGGAACCUGCGCAUCCACAUGACCAGCGAGAAGCACAUGCACAACAUGAUGCUGCUGCAGCAGAACGUCAGCCAGAUGCAGCACGGCCGGCUGGGCCUGGGGGCCAUGCCCUCCCCGUCGGAGGCCGAGCUCUACCAGUACUACCUGACCCAGAACAUGAGCCUGCCGCCGGGCCUCAAGAUGGACCCGGCCGGGGCCGAGGCCCAGUUCCUGCUGGGAGGCUUCCACAUGGACCCCAACAUGGCCGCCCUGGCCCCUGCCCUAGUCGGAGGGGAGAUCCCCAUGGAUGUCCGGCUGGGCGGAGGUCAGUUGGUGUCCGAGGAGCUGAUGACACUGGGGGAGAGCUUGUCCCAGACCAGCGACCCCUCCCUCAAGCUGUUCCAGUGUGCCGUGUGCAACCGCUUCACCACCGACAACCUGGACGUGCUCGGCAUGCACAUGGGGGCCGAGCGCAGCCUGCCCGAGGAGGAGUGGCGCGCCGUGGUGGGCGACUCGCACCAGUGCAAGCUGUGCCGCUACACCACCCAGCUCAAGGCCAACUUCCAGCUGCACUGCAAGACGGACAAGCACGUGCAGAAGUACCAGCUGGUGGCCCACAUCAAGGAGGGGGGCUAGGGCAACGAGUGGCGCCUCAAGUGCGUCGCCAUCGGCAACCCGGUGCACCUGAAGUGCAACGCGUGCGACUACUACACCAACAGCCUGGAGAAGCUGAGGAUGCACACGGUCAACUCGCGCCACGAGGCCAGCCUCAAGCUGUACAAGCACCUCCAGCAGCAUGAGAACGCGGUGGAGGGGGACGCCUGCUACUACCACUGCGUGCUGUGCAACUACUCCACCAAGGCCAAGCUCAACCUGAUCCAGCACGUGCGCUCCAUGAAGCACCAGCGCAGCGAGAGCCUGAGGAAGCUGCAGCGUCUGCAGAAGGGCCUGCCCGAGGAGGAGGAGGAGCUCAGCGCCAUCUUCACCAUCCGCAAGUGUCCCUCCGCAGACACCGGAGAGCUGAGCGAGGAUGUGGAGGCUGCCAGUGAGACCACCACAGAACAGGAGGACCAAACCAAAGACAGAGAGAGUGGGGGGGAGAAGGAGCUCGCCAAAGGGACAGCAGCAGCAUCCAGCCAGUUGGAGAGGGACCAGACGGGUUCUCCGAUCCCUUCCAAGAGGCCCUCCUCCAGGUCAGAAGCCACAGAGAGCCCCCUGUCCUCCAAGCGCCCCAGGACCACUGACAAGAGUGCCGCGGAGCAGAUGUACCAGUGUCCCUACUGCAAGUUCAGCAACACAGACCUGAACCGCCUCAGAAUGCACGUGAUGACUCAGCACUCAGUCCAGCCCAUGUUCCGCUGCCCGCUCUGCCAGGACAUGCUCAACAACAAGAUCCACCUGCAGUUCCACCUCACGCACCUCCACAGUGUGGCACCCGACUGCGUCGACAAGCUCAUCGCCACGGUGACAGCGACAGAGGUGCUACCAGCCAGCAUGUUCAUCCCAGUCCCUGGCCCGGAAGCACAGAGCACGCCCCAGGCCACAGCCAACUCGAGCUCUGAUGAAACAAAGAAACUAAAUGAAACAUCAGACAUAGAGCCAGAGAAGGGUGUCUCAUUGCCUACAGAUAUAACUGAAGCUCGCAAGUCACCUCUGGAGGAUCAGCAGACGGGGCGAGAAGACGCCACAGGAUUCCUGUGCUGGAAGAAAGGCUGCAACCAAGUCUUCAAAUCCUCAAACUCCCUCCAGAUGCACUUCAAUGAGGUCCACAACAAAAGGCCCCAGCUGCCUGUCUCGGACCGCCAUGUCUACAAGUACCGCUGUAACCAGUGCAGCCUGGCCUUCAAGACUGUGGAGAAGCUCCAGCUGCACUCCCAGUACCACGUGAUCAGAGCAGCCACCAUGUGCUGCCUGUGCCAGCGCAGCUUCAGGACCCUACAGGCCUUGAAGAAACAUUUGGAGACCAGCCACCUGGAGCUGAGCGAAGCCGACAUCCAGCAGCUCUACGGGGGCCUGCUGAUGAACGGAGACCUGAUGGUCAUGGGUGACCCCUCCCUGGGAGAGGACCACGGAGCCCUGGGAGAGGAGGACAAGGAAGGAGAGGAAAGUGACCCCGAGGAGAAGCAAAGCCCGACCGGCAGUGAUUCCGGUUCAUUACUGGAGGACUCUGGAUCUGAGCCCAAACGGGCGCUGCCCUUCAGAAAAGGUCCUAACUUUACCAUGGAGAAGUUUUUAGAUCCCUCGCGCCCUUUCAAGUGCACAGUGUGCAAAGAGUCUUUCACACAGAAAAACAUUCUCCUGGUUCACUACAACUCGGUCUCCCACCUACACAAGGUGAAGAGGGCCCUACAAGAGUCCAGCACUGGUCAACCGGAGCCCACCAGUAGCCCGGACAACAAACCAUUCAAGUGUAGCACUUGUAAUGUGGCUUACAGCCAGAGCUCCACCCUGGAGAUCCACAUGCGCUCGGUCCUUCACCAGACCAAAGCUCGUGCAGCCAAGCUUGAAGCAGCGGGAGGCAGCACCAGUGGAAGUGGUUCCGGCAUGUGUGGAGGAGGAUCCUCCGUUAGCACUUCAACUCCUAGCCCCAGCCCUGCUACGAACUCAACUACUAGCUCCAGCAACCAUAGCUCUUCUAUUGCCCAAACAACUCAGAGUUUCCUCACAGGCAACCACAUGAGCCAGUCUCACAGCAUUGAAAGCCUGGGGAACUCCUCCAUGACCUGUCACCCCUCACCGUCUGAGAACCACGAAGUGAAAAAGAAGAAAUUUGCAGACAUGCUGUCUGCCAGGGGACAACAGCAACAGCAGCAGCUCCAGCAGCAGCAGCAGUUGGCCCAGGCCCAAGCUCAGGCCCAGGCCCAGCUUCAGCAGGAGCUCCAACAGCAAGCUGCCCUCAUCCAGUCCCAGCUCUUCAACCCAGCACUUCUGCAGCACUUCCCCAUGACGACGGACGCCCUUCUCCCUUUGCAGCAACAGCAGCUGCUCUUCCCUUUCUACAUCCCCGGAGCGGAAUUUCAGCUGAACCCCGAGAUAAACCUCAACAGUUCGGCACUGGGCCUGACCGGCUCCUCCACCUCCUCUCUGUUGGAAGACCUGAAGAACUCUGCCCAGCAGGCGCAGCAAAGCUGCCUGCAGCAGCAGCUGAUGCAUCACCACCUCCAGCAGCAGCACCAGCAGCAGCAGCAGCAGGCGCACUCCCAGGCCCAAGGCCAGAUGGCGUUGCUUCAGCAGAGUGCGGCUCUCCUCCACCAGGCGGAUAAAAAGCAGAAGGCUGCCUCUCACCACAGCGAGAAGGAGAGGGAAAUGCAGAGAGAUAAGGACACAAGCGAGAAGGGCGAAGACCACUCGGCUAAAGACGCUUCAGACAGGCUCAAGGAAAAGAAGGACAUCCAGCAGUCUGUGAUGAACACAAACCACGAUCUUGGCUUUCCUCCGCCAAGGAUUGCUUCAGACGCUCGUGGGAAUGCCACUAAAGCCCUGUUGGAGAACUUUGGGUUUGAGCUAGUCAUUCAAUACAAUGAAAACAAGCAAAAGGCUCAGAAGAAGCCAGGGGGAACGGGACCCACAGGAUCAAGCGGACCUGGUGGGAUCACAAGAGUGGUGGAUCCCAUCGAGGGCUUAGAGAAGCUGGAGUGCGAGGCCUGUGGAAAGCUCUUCUCAAACAUACUGAUUCUGAAGAGUCACCAGGAGCAUAUCCAUCAAGCCUUCUUCCCAUUCCGAUCCCUCGAGAGAUUUGCUAAGGAAUACAGGGAGCAAUAUGACAAGCUGUACCCACUGAGACCUUUAACACCGGAAACGGCUCCCCCUCCUCCUCCUCCUCCGCCUCCUCCUCCCCCACCUCCACCCCCUCCGCAGAGGGCCCCAACACCAAAUAUCCCUGUAUCAGCCCCUUCUCACACACCCCCAACUGUGUCCACCCCACAGCCUCAAGUAUCCAUGGCUCAAAUUCAAAUGCCAAUGGACUUGCCCCUUUUCUCACCGCUCAUGAUGCAGCCGAUGUCUCUCCAGUCUCUGCCCUCUCAAAUGUCUGGACAGCUGUCCUCCGUGGAGUCAGGCCUGGCUUCAGACCUUGCCCAGCUUUACCAACAGCAGCUCACGCCAGCCAUGUUGCAGCAGCAGCAGAACAAGAGGCCUCGCACGCGCAUCACAGACGACCAGCUCAGGGUUCUGAGACAGUACUUCGACAUUAACAAUUCACCAAAUGAGGAUCAGAUCAAGGAGAUGGCGGAUAAGUCUGGGCUUCCUCAAAAGGUGAUAAAGCACUGGUUCCGUAACACCCUCUUCAAAGAGCGCCAGCGCAACAAAGACUCGCCUUACAAUUUCAACAACCCGCCCAUAACUACUCUUGAAGAUACCAAAAUUGACUCGAAGCCCCCCUCCCCCGAGCCCCAGAGACAAGAGUGUUACGGGAGCAAGAGAUCCUCCAGAACAAGGUUUACCGACUACCAACUGAGAGUGCUUCAGGAUUUCUUCGACGCUAACGCCUAUCCGAAAGAUGAUGAAUUUGAACAGCUUUCCAACCUACUCAGCCUUCCCACCCGUGUCAUUGUAGUGUGGUUCCAGAAUGCCCGUCAGAAAGCACGGAAGAAUUAUGAAAACCAGGGGGAUGGCAGCAAAGACGGCGAACGAAGGGAGCUGUCGAACGACCGCUACAUUCGCACCACUAACCUGAACUACCAGUGCAAGAAAUGCAGUCUGGUUUUCCAGCGUAUAUUUGACCUUAUAAAGCACCAAAAAAAGCUGUGUUACAAAGAUGAAGAUGAGGAUGGGCAGUACGACAGCCAAAACGAAGACUCGAUGGAUCUUUCCCACGAAUAUUACACUCCGUCUGGGUCCUCCUGUCACACCCCCAUGCCCUCCUCCUCCAGCCUGUGCCCUCUCCCGCCCUCUACCUCAGCUUUCUCCCACCUCUCUUCCGCCGAAAAGGAGGAGGCCUCACCAGCGAACACAUCCAACUCCUAUGACGAGAAGCCCAAACAUUCAACUGAGAUGUCCUCAGAUCCACGCGACAACCAAACCACCAUCAAGCAGGAAAGUGUUCAUCAGCCCCAGUCCGAGACUCAGCACCACCGGCCCCAGCGGGAGGAGAAGCCCCCGGCUGUCCCAAAGACCAACAAGCAUUCGUCUCCUUCUCUCUCCCAUCAACAGCAGCAGUGUGGUCCCUCGGCCUCUCAGACCAGCCAGGCCCCUUCCCAGAGCUCCCACAUGGGCCUCAACCCUCACUUGUCCUCUGCCACACAACAACAGCUGGCCCAGCAAAUGAUCCAAUACCAGUGUGAGCAGUGCAAACUUGGCUUCCCCUCGUUUGAGCACUGGCAAGAGCAUCAACAACUGCACUUCCUCUCCGUGCAGAACCAAUUCAUUCACCCCCAGUUCCUGGACCGGCCCAUGGACAUGCCCUUUAUGCUGUUUGAUCCCAGCAACCCACUGCUGGCCAGCCAGCUCCUGUCUGGGGCCAUGCCACAGAUCCCCAGCAGCUCUGCCACCUCUCCGUCCACCCCCACCUCCACCAUGAACUCCCUCAAACGGAAGCUGGAGGAGAAGGCAGGCACCAGUCCAGGGGAGAAUGACAGCACCAACAGUGGGGAGGAGCCCCAGAGAGACAAGCGCCUCAGGACCACUAUCACACCCGAGCAGCUGGAGAUCCUUUAUCAGAAAUACCUGUUGGACUCGAACCCCACGCGUAAAAUGCUCGACCAUAUUGCUCACGAGGUGGGGCUUAAAAAGAGGGUGGUCCAGGUUUGGUUCCAGAACACCCGAGCUCGAGAGAGAAAAGGGCAGUUCAGGGCUGUGGGACCUGCUCAAGCUCACCGCCGCUGUCCAUUUUGUCGGGCCCUCUUCAAAGCCAAAACUGCACUUGAGGCCCACAUACGCUCCCGCCAUUGGCAUGAAGCUAAACGGGCCGGCUACAACUUAACCCUUUCUGGCAUGUUGCCUGAACAUGACGGGAUGCAAAUCAAGAUGGAUCCCCUUGAUAUCUCCAGCUAUGCCCAGCUUGCCCCCUCUAACAAUGAUGGACAGAGCUCCUCUCUCUCCCCAGUGAGCAAAAGCAUGGAUUUGUCUCCCAGGGCCCUAUUGAGCCCUUCAUCCAUCAAAGUUGAAGGGAUGGAGGAUUUUGAGAGUCCGACUAUGUCCUCUGUUAACCUCAGCUUUGACCAAAACAAACUUGAUAACGACGACUGUUCCUCCGUGAACACGGCCAUCACAGACACCACCACCGGUGAUGAGGCCAAUGCAGACAACGACAGUGCUGAUGCAAAGCACGGCCACAACAGUGGCGACUACCUAUCUAAGUCUGGGGGUGCAGCCCCGUCCAUCGAAAAUGACGACCAGAUGUCCUCAGGGCUGGUGAGCCCUGCAACAAGCUAUUAUGCUAAAGACUAUGAAAAUGAGAAUAUAGUGGACUACAGCGAGACCUCCAGUCUUGCUGACCCCUGCUCACCAAGCCCUGGAGCGUCAGGGAGCAGAAGCAUCGACAGUGGGGAUCGCCCUGGCCAAAAGCGCUUCCGCACCCAGAUGACCAACCUUCAGCUAAAGGUACUGAAGUCUUGCUUCAAUGACUACAGGACUCCGACCAUGCUGGAGUGUGAGGUACUUGGCAACGAUAUCGGACUUCCAAAGAGGGUGGUUCAGGUGUGGUUCCAGAACGCUCGCGCCAAGGAGAAGAAGGCCAAGCUCAGCAUGGCCAAGCACUUCGGGAUCAACCAGACAUCGUACGAGGGUCCCAAGACAGAGUGCCCUCUGUGCAGUGUCAAGUACAGCGCUCGUCUGUCUGUGCGAGAUCACAUCUUCUCCCAGCAACACAUCUCCAAGGUGAAGGACACCAUUGGGAGCCAGCUAGAUAAGGAGAAAGAGUACUUUGACCCAGCGACUGUCCGCCAACUUAUGGCUCAGCAGGAGAUGGACCGCAUCAAGAAAGCCAACGAGGUCCUUGGACUGGCGCAGCAGCAAGCCAUGCAGCAGCAGGGGAUGUUCGAUAGCCCCGCUAUGCAGGCCCUGAACCUACAGUCAGCCUAUCCAAAUCUGCAAGGGAUCCCCCCUGUUCUUCUGCCAGGGGUUGGAAGCCCUUCCCUACCUGGUUUCAACUCAUCCAACUCAGCUUUAACUCCUCCGAAACCUCCAAACCUCCUGAACAUGCCUGGUGCCAGUGUUCCCUCCCCCAGCCUCCCCACAUCUGGUCUACCCAACAAGCCUCCCUCCUCCUCCUCCCUGGCAUCUCCCAGCCCAGCACAGGCCAGCACAUCGGUCGCCCACUCCAACCCCACCUCCACAUCCUCCACCACCACAACCCAGUCAGGCUCUCGUCCUGAUCCCCCCAAAGAGCGUGAUACUGAGAGGUCAAGAGACAAGGAGAAGUCCAAGGAGAAAUCAGAGAAGCAACAAACGCCAUCCUCGACAGGAAGCACCCCAGCCCCCUCCACCUCUGCUGCCAGCGCCAAGAAAGAAAAACCCGAUGCAGCUGUUCCCGCCACCUCCAUGCCAACACCUGGCAUGGAGUACGUGGUGGACCCAGCGCAGCUCCAAGCCCUGCAGGCUGCCUUGGCAUCAGACCCCACAGCUCUCCUCACCAGUCAGUUCCUGCCCUAUUUUAUGCCUGGAUUUUCCCCUUAUUAUGCCCCUCAGAUGACUGGAGCUCUCCAAGGUGGCUACCUGCAGCCAAUGUAUGGCAUGGAAAGCCUCUUCCCAUACAACCCAACCUUGUCACAAGCGCUGAUGGGCCUGUCCCCGGGGUCCUUGCUUCAGCACUACCAGCAAUAUCAGCAGAGCUUGCAGGAGGCGCUACAGCAGCAGCAGCGGCAGCUUCAGCAGAUCCAGCAACCAAAAGCGAGCCAAACUCCAGUCCCCCCUCAACCCUCGGGGGAUCGCAAAGAAUCUGCCAAAGAUCCAGUGAAAAAAGAGGAGCAGAAAGGCGUCCCCCAUGGUGAGACUUCUUCCUCGUCCUCCUCCUCCUCUCACAAUAACCUACACUCCGAGCAGCACGAGAUGGAUGGCAAAGUCGCGGACCCACUUCGAGACCAAUACAUCGUCCCCAAGGUGCAGUACAGGCUGGCGUGUCGCAAGUGUCAGGCGGUCUUCAACAAGGAAGAAGCAGCUGUCACCCACCUGAAGUCUAUCUGCUUUUUCGGUCAGUCUGUGGCAAACCUUCAAGAGAUGUUGCUGCGUGUCCCCAGUGGCGCUGGCGCAGGGGCGGGCAGUCUCUACGACUGCCUAGCCUGCGACACCACGCUGGAUGGGGAGAAAGCACUUAGUCAACACCUGGAGUCGGCCUUGCACAAACACAGAACAAUCAAGCGAUCAGCCAGAAAUGCCAAAGAGCACGCUACUAGUUUAUUACCUCACUCUUCAGCCUGCUUCCCCGAUCCUAACACCGCAUCUACCUCGCAGUCUGCCACUCAUCCCAUCAGCACCCCUCCUCCUCCGCCAACGACAUCAGCCACCAUGCCGUCCUCCUCUGUCUCUUCAUCAUUGUGCUCCUCCUCUGCUACCCCUCUCAACACCACAGCUGCUGGCAAACCCUGGCCCCAGGCCCCUUUCUCCAGAGCUUUAGCUGGGAAGCCCAAUGCCACCCCCUCCUCUACUUCCUCCUCUUUUCCUCCAGUAUCCUCACCCUCAACGGUUACCUCAAGUUCAUUGAGCACCUCAGGAGUUCAGACCUCGAUACCAACAGACGUCUUUACCGACGAGUCUGACUCUGACAGCAGUCAGAAGUCAGCAGACAGGCUGGGCAGGACGGCGGAGGAGCCGCAGCAGCCCGGCUGUCUCAAAGACAGUAGUAGUUGUAGUAGUAAUCUUGCUAGUGUAGGAACGGACUCCAUCAGAUUGUAAAAGAGCUUUCGUUGAUGGACAAUAUUUAAAAAAUGUAAAAGGCAAAAAAAAUACACAAAUGGGAAAAAAAAUACAAAUAAAAAGCAGCGAUGUUAAAAUACGUUUAAAAGUAUACAAAACCAAUUUUAGAAAAAGAUGUGUAAAGACUAACUGCAAUUCCAAAGCUUGUAACCAAAAAUUUAAAUGUUAGUGGAUUGUUUUCCCAUAUCAACAUGCUGGUUUCGUUUAUUUCAACUGAAGUAUAUACAUAUAUAUGUAUAAGAAUAGAAAAGAUCACUGCAGUUAAGUUUUGGGUAAUGAAAGAGGAAUGCUGUAUAGCAAUGGACUGCCUCAAAGUUGUUAAAUGGCCCCUGAAACCUUUCGACAAAGUACAAGUCAACAAGCUGUCCCUUGUGUAAUUAUUUCUACUUAAUAGCACAGUCACACAAAGCCAGUAUGUACUGUAUGGGAGAAUAGUCUAUCCGUUUUCUUGCUAUCUAAGCAUUCAAAUACCAAUGGCUUGCAAAAGUAAAAGAAUAAUGUAAUGUCUAUUUUAUUCUCAGGUCAACAGCUCACAGAUGUUUUUCUGUUACAGAAGUCCAUUGUUUUACACCUUUUGUUUCUGACAGGAAAUGAACAUGUGUACUAGUUUUAUUUUCUUCUGAAAAUUCAUUUUAAUGACAGAAAGUUGUAAAAUGAGUGAAAAUAUCAUUAAGGCAUAGCUUUCUGGGCAUUCAAAAGGGUAGCUGAUCUGCUAAUUUUAAACAUUUGGAAUUCUUUUAAAGGGGGGAAAUUAGCAAUCCCAUUUUUCCCAGACACGGAGAGCACUGCAGACAUGUUGAUGGGGGAUAAAAAAGAUUUUUGAUAAAAAAACUUUCUGUAUUUAUGAUAGAUAUGAACAUUUUUGGUGUUAAGUAGAUUGUUGCAUUGGAAAUGAAUUUAAACAGUAUGGUAGAUUGAAAAAUCUUUGUGUACAUUUAGCUUUUGUAUCGUCCAACUUUAAGGCGCUUCAUUUGAUGUUGUCUUGGUCAUUCCGAUAGACUAGAUUAUGGAGCAGUAACUUAUCUAAACUUUAUUUCUGUCUUAUUCUCGGCUUUGUUCACCCAACUGCCAAUCUGACUAGGCAGGAUCCUCUCUUUCAAAAUGUUCUACUCUCUGUUUUGGUUGGUGUGGUACUGUACUGUUCAGUGGGUGUGGAGCUCAAACCCAGGUCACCUGCACCAAAGGCUUUCCCAAAAAGGCUAUAUCCAAAUAGGGAUAUCCCUCUUUAAGGGGAGGAUGAAGGCCUUACAUUGGUCAAGAUUGCUACAGUACUAACCAAGAAGAAAAAUGAUCCUGGGUGAAAUGUUGGAAACUGUUUUUAUUUGUUACCUUUGUGCACUUACCACUGUCUGACUCCUAAUUACUCACUCUACUUGUUCCUCUCUAUUCUCACGUUGUUUUUUUCUCCUGCGUAUGUAGAUAUGGAGAAGGUUACUACUCCCUGUGCACUACAAAGCAGGUCUUUUGUUCUUCAUGUAGUGUGGCUACAGUCGUUUUUCAGCUUUAUGUUCAUUUCAAUUUUACGUUGAUUGUUGUCAUAGAUGAAAAUGAAAAAAGAAUAAUAAUAAUAAUUCUCACGCUUUAAGACAAAAAGAAAAUCCAAAGACUAAACACUUUCACCAUUGGUGCAUAAAGAUAAGAAAAGAGGCUUCUUUAUACUUGAGAAUUUGUUGCUGUUUUUAGAGGAAAGGAAACAAAGUUUUAAAAUAAAGGAGUGCGCAUCAGAGUUGCCGUUUUUGCUUCUGUGCAAGCAGACAGGUGGCUUUUUUACGUAUAAUACCAAGAAUACCAAAAACCAAAAAAGGGCCCAUGUCCUUGCAUUGUGGAGUAGCACCGUAACAGAGCCAUUGCAGUUUGUAAGAUAGAGGUUAUAAGUCUUUGUUUAACUUUUCUGUCACACUCAAAAGUCAAUUUUUUUAAGAAAAUGUAUAAGGUCUGGUCUUCGAGGACAUACGUUUUGCUGCUAAUGUAGAAUUUUCAACAAAAAAAAAAAGAAUACCUACAGUAGAUGCAUGCUCAUUUUGCUUUUU